AUGUCCUCAAUGCCCCAGGGGAAAUUUAGUAUGUUGUCUCGUGUACAUAAAAACAGACUCGCAUCUGCUUCCAGAUCUUUUUAUUCUUUCUAUCAUUCCACCUCUACCUCCAACAAGUCUUCUCAGUCUAUCACAAUGGCUCGAUACCCUACACUACCUUCUCAACAAAGCCGGCCGGUGCAUGCUAGCCCAGCUUCUCAUCUCAACCACGCCUCGCCUGCUGACGCCAACUAUGAUACCGCCAACCCUGCAUACAUUCGCAAGUACCUGCGCACUUACGGCCUCACCCCUCCUCGCGCCGAGGGUUACGAAACACAAAAGACCCGAUGCCUAGCCCAGCUGGGUCUGAAGAACACUCCUAUCGACAAAUUCCUAUACCUCAGCACUCUCCGCAAGAACAAUGUCCACCUAUUCUACCGUCUCGUGACAGACCACCUCAGGGAAAUGACCCCCCUGAUCUAUACCCCAGUUGUGGGCGAGGCCUGCCAACGGUGGUCCGAGAUCUACCAACAGCCUGAAGGCAUGUACCUGAGCUGGGAAGAUCGCGGUAAUCUAGCUUCGGUCAUCUCCAAUUGGCCCGAGUCUAAUGUCGAGAUCACAUGUAUCACCGAUGGCUCCCGUAUCCUCGGGCUAGGUGAUCUGGGCAUCAACGGAAUGGGUAUCCCCAUCGGCAAGUUGGCGCUGUAUACCGCCUGUGCGGGUAUUCGUCCCGAGGCAACUCUGCCUCUGACUCUCGAUCUGGGCACUAAUAACAAGGCCCUCCGGGAAGACCCGCUGUACAUGGGUAGCCGUCGCGAGAAGAUCUCCCCCGAGGAAGAGCGGGAGUUCUUGGACGAGCUGAUGGGUGCUCUUACCGAGCGCUGGCCUGGUAUCGUUAUCCAAUUCGAGGAUUUCAAGAAUCCCUUCCCUGCUCUGGAGCGUUACCGUGAUCACUACACCUGCUUCAACGAUGACAUCCAGGGUACUGGCGCUGUCAUCCUCGGCGGUGUCAUCAACGCUGUCAAGCGCUCCGGUCUGCCCUGCAAGGACCACCGCGCUGUCUUCUUUGGUGCUGGCAGCGCCGGUGUCGGCGUCGCCCGCCAGAUCGUCGAGUUCUUCAUGCGCGAAGGCAUGACCGAGGAUGAAGCCCGCAACUGCUUCUACCUCGUCGACACCAAGGGUCUCGUCACCGCUGACCGCGGCGACAAACUCGCCGACCACAAGGUCUACUUCGCCCGCCGCGACAACAACGCCGAGCAGUACAAGACCCUCGAGGAGGUCGUCGACUACGUCAAGCCCUCCAUCCUGAUGGGUCUCUCCACCAUGGGCGGCGUCUUCACCCCAGAGAUCUUGCGCAAGAUGGCCGACUGGAACACCGCGCCUCUCAUCUUUCCCCUCUCCAACCCCUCAUCCAAGUCAGAGUGCGACUUCGAGACUGCCAUCAAGAACACGGACGGCCGCUGUCUCUUCGCCUCCGGCUCCCCCUUCCCCAACUGCACCUUCACCAACGCCGCUGGCGAAACCCGUACUUACUACCCCGGCCAGGGAAACAACAUGUACGUCUUCCCCGGUAUCGGCCUCGGCAGCAUACUGUCCAAGGCCGUCCGCGUCACAGACAGCAUGAUCUACGCCUCCGGCGACGCCCUCUCUUCUGCCCUUAACGGCGAGGAACUCGAGCGUGGCUUGAUCUACCCCGACAUCACCCGCAUCCGCGAGGUCAGCGUCGUCGUCACCCGCAAGGUGAUGCGCGCUGCUCAGGAGGACAAGGUGGAUCGUGAGAUUGCUCUGCGCUCUAUGAGUGAUCUUGAGCUUGAUAACUGGAUCAAGUCCCGCAUGUAUGAUCCUCACACUGAGGUCCGCGCUCUGGAGCGCGAGGUCGGUCACCUCCUCUCCAGUCUGGGAACAGUCUCGCCUCCUAUGACGGUUAAUGGUUCCCCGACUGAGGAGAAGAAUGCCAAAUUGUAA